UGCCGCCCUGGUCCUUGCUUCGCAUCCCGCUGACAGGUGAACUGCGUGCGCAGGGAGCGCUCCGGGCCACAGCGGGAGCUGGAAGAGCAGACACGCAGGCCUGUUAGUGCCCUCGGGAGGAGGCGAGCCUUAGGAAAGAACCAGCCUGUUACGAUGAAGUGCCAGCUUUAUAUGGCUCAUCUGACAACAUGCACCACCGGUGGCUGCUGCUAGCUGCAUGCUUUUGGGUGAUAUUCAUGUUCAUGGUUGCUAGCAAGUUUAUCACAUUGACUUUUAAAGACCCAGAUGGCUAUGGUGCCAAGCAAGAGCCAUUGAUUCUGACAGCUGUGACAAAAGUGGAGGAGGUACAUGUGCCAGAGGAAAAACAUUGGCCAGAGGAAUUCCAGCCAACUGGAAAAGCUUUUUCAGGAAAUCUGAUCCGCCAACCCCUGGUUCAUAUGGAAAGACUUGAGCUUCUCAGGAAUGUCUGCAGAGACACUACAUUGAGAGAUCUCUCUCAUACUGCAGUUUCCAAAUUUGUGCUGGACAGAAUAUUUGUGUGUGACAAGCACAAGAUCCUGUUUUGUCAGACGCCAAAAGUGGGCAACACUCAGUGGAAAAAAGUCUUGAUCGUUUUAAAUGGAGCAUUUUCUUCCAUAGAAGAGAUCCCAGAAAACAUUGUACAUGAUCAUGAGAAGAAUGGCCUUCCACGCUUGUCCUCUUUCAGUGACUCUGAAAUUAAAAAACGACUGAAUUUAUACUUCAAGUUUUUUAUUGUUAGAGAUCCAUUUGAAAGACUUAUUUCUGCGUUUAAGGACAAGUUUGUGCACAAUCCUCGGUUUGAACCUUGGUACCGGCAUGAAAUUGCUCCCGGCAUCAUUCGUAAGUACAGGAAGAAUCGCACAGAGACCAAAGGGCUGCAGUUUGAGGAUUUUGUGCGCUACCUGGGGGACCCUAAUCACCGAUGGCUGGAUGUUCAGUUUGGUGACCACAUCAUUCACUGGGUAACAUACGUGGAACUUUGUGCUCCCUGUGAAAUCACGUACAGUGUGAUCGGACACCACGAAACCCUGGAGGACGAUGCUCCCUAUAUCCUGAAAGCAGCUGGCAUAGACCACUUGGUAUCGUACCCCACAAUCCCACCAGGCAUAACAGUGUACAACAGAACAAAAGUAGAGCGGUAUUUUUCAGGAAUUAGCAAGAGAGACAUAAGACGCCUCUAUGCACGAUUUGAAGGCGAUUUUAAACUCUUUGGUUAUCGUGAGCCUGAUUUCUUGCUUAACUGACACCUGGGAUAAGAUCUGAAAAAGUCUCAUGGAUUAAUCUAAACCUGUGUGAAUACCAGCUGCAACACUGGCAGAGCUGAGAAUGACCAUUUGUUUUCUAGCUUUUUGACGUUGCUUCACUUUUCAGUGAAAUAUUUGUCAUAUGAACAACUAGGGGCUUAUAGCUGUUGUUUCCUGACCAUGUUUUCAGCACGUUAUUGCAAUCUGUUAGGAAUUAUGUCUCUGUUAUCAAAAAUACAGAAUUUGACUUCUCCCCUCUUCCCUCCAGGAAAAAAGAGGGAGAACAAAUGGGCUACGAUCUUCCUCUUCUCCCAGACAGAAUGCCAUUUUUGAAAUGUUAAGUAUUUGUAAAGGUGGCAAUUUCACUGUAGGUUAACCCUGACAUGUGGGUAAACAUAAUGAUUCCUGCUCAUGAGAAAGUCAUGUAGUCUCCCAUGAGUUUUGUAAAUCAGAGGCCAGUACAAGACUAGAAAUUAAUUAAAUGCUUGACAAAUAUAGCCAUCUAGGUUCUGUCAUGUGACUGCUACAAUAACGCUGAUCUAAUCCCAUUCUUGUUUGUCAAAAAAUGAACCUAAUUAGACAGAAGCUUUUAGGGAUGUCCAAAAAUGAACUGGUUCCACAUCCCAAUUGUCUCUGUAUUUUUGUCAAGUGUUUACUGUAUUUACUACUAGUGUAUUGAGCCUCAUCAUUCUAUUUUUGAUUUUCAAGAGAUUAUUUAACUCCUGGCUAUGUAAGUUAUGUGAGAACACCAGCUGCAAGUGGAGCAUAGAAGAAAUAUGAAACUGGUAAGGAAAAUUAAUUUAAGGUAUCAGUUGUAUUUGUGGGAGCAUAUAUAAUAAUCACAAGAUGCUCUCACGCAAUUUAACUUGUCUUUUCUUCUAACAGUUAAGAUUAAUAAAGAAGUUACAAAAGCAAGAUGUCAUAU